GACAAUGACAAUCAGAGAGAGAUGGAAUUAAAAGAUCAGCAACAGAAAGAGAUGGAGAAAGAAAAGAUGAUUAUGAGAGAAAGGGAGGAAGCAGGAAGAAGAAAGGAAGGGCAGAAAAAUAUUUUGGGGGAAAUUGAGGGACAGAAUGAACUGGAGAUAGAACAGGAGAGAGAGAUGGAAGAAAAGCAGGAAGUGAUUAAGGAAGCAGAGGAAGAGUACAGGGAAAGAGAAGAGAGAGGAAAGGAAGUAAGCAUGAAGAAACAUGUAGUAGUUAAUGUUAAAGCAAAAGCACGGGAAGUCUUCAAUAGGCGUAAAGAGAGGAGGUUAGAAGUGUUGAAGGGGGAACGAGAACACAUAGAAAGAGGACAACAAAUCAGGAGGGAGAAGGAGGAAAGACGGCUGGAGAUGGAAAGAAAACAGGAGAGGGCAAGACAACAAGAGGAGCAGGAUAAAAAACAAGAGAUUGAAAUUGCUAGACAGAAAGAAAUGUUGAGACUACGAGAGGAGGAGAGGCAGAGAGAGGAAGAGAGAGAGGAGGAGAGAAAGAAAGCCAUUAAAUGCCAUUUAUCUUUAAUCAGAGAGAGAGAAAAAAUAAUACAGGCAAAAAAAAGAGAGGAGAUGGUGGAAGAGGAAAGAAGGGAGAUCCUUGAGUACAAGAGGGGUGAGUUAGAGGAGGAAAAAGAAGAUGUCAAGGAGGACAUUCUCCCAUCCGAUAAAAGUAUCCGAAGGAGAGCCGUGGGCUGGGUGAAUAAAAAAUGGGAGAAGAGGAACCUCAGAAAGAUAGAGAGAACGUAUCAGAGAGAGGCUGAGGAGGGCCAUAAGAUCGUCCACAUAGCCAUCCCUGGACACACAAGGCUAACAUCCACCAUGACCCGGGCAGAGAGAGAGAGGGAGAAGAGGAAGGAGCUGCUGAAGGCUGAGGAGAGAAGGAAGAAGAUGGAGGAUUUCAAUAAGCAGUGGAGAGAGCGGUCCCUGCUUAAAAAACAGACUCAUCAACAACUGAAGGAGGAGAGGGAGAGGAUGAAGGAAAACUACCUGGAUCAGAUGAAUCUGGAGGCUGAUGCUCAAAUCAACACCCGGUGUCUAACCACCCAACACAGCCACGAUUACAACCACGGUCAGGAGUUGCCCGGGUGGGCCAAUGGCCAACAAGUAAGCCAAGAGCCCACUGGAUCUGCUGAUGGCCACCAGGAAAGGCCAAGGAGGCAACAGGCAUGGGCAGAGAACCAGGAGGGGAGUUCAGAGAACCAUCAGGGGGGGCCAGAGAACCAUCAGGGGGGGCCAGACAGCCAGCAGCUAGAAGCUCCAGAAGAGGUUGAAACAUCAGAGCGAAUAUCCAAGACAAAGAAAAAGCCAAGCAUCUGGAAGAAAAUUAGGAUGAGGUAAAGAAUGUUUAAACAUCUAUUCAUGUUUUACACUGUUAAUAUACAUGUCAUCACUUUAAAAAGUGACAUUAUCCAAAUGUGAGGGUUUAGUGUACAUGCAACACACAUGUAAAUAUAUAGAUACUUACCUGUCUCUGUGAUGUCUUACAGCCUCCCUGACGUGCUGUCUGCCUAGAGCUGGAACUCGAUGAAGCCACAGUUCCACUGAGGUUACGUUGGUAAUUAAAAGUGUCGCCCAAUAAUUCCUCCUCCUCUUUAAGUCAUCGAGCCACAUGUCCUCCUCAAAACAUUAUAGUCUCCUCAAGCCAGCAAGUAUCCUCUUUAUCAGGCAACAAACCAUCGAAGGUCAGUGACCCUCCUCCCAAGAACAGAGACUCUCAUCUGUAUCCAAGUUAAAUUAAUCUCUGCUUACCACCUCUACAGUCCUAGAAAAUAUCCC